AUGACUCUGGAGGUAAACGAUCAAAAAUAUGUAGAAAUAUUAAGUUUGAUACUAACCACUAAUGAAAUCACGAGAGAAACUGAAAUUAAUGAAGAAGUAAUGGAUCAGGUAUUCCCUGGGGUGUGGGCCUCUGAUGUACCAGGGAGAGCGAAAAAUGCUUCCCCUAUACAGAUCCGGCUAAAAGAAGGAAAACACCCGGUCAGGGUUAAACAGUAUCCCUUGAGGAGGGAGGAUAGGGAAGGGAUUAGCCCAAUAAUUGAAAACUUCUUACGUCUAGGAAUUCUCAAGGAAUGUCAGUCCGAUUUUAAUACCCCUAUCCUACCGGUGCGCAAACCUGAUGGGUCAUACCGGUUAGUACAAGAUCUGUGAGCUGUGAACAAGGUAACUGAGGACCUGCAUCCUGUGGUAGCCAAUCCUUACACGUUAUUAACUUGCUUAACACCCGAAUUAACUUGGUUUACCGUUUUAGAUUUAAAAGAUGCCUUCUUUUGCCUUCCUAUCCAUGAAGCCAGUCAGAAAAUUUUUGCAUUUGAAUGGGAAAGCCCCAAAAGUGGGCGGAAGACCCAACUUACGUGGACGAGACUCCCACAAGGAUACAAAAAUUCACCCACUCUGUUUGGAGAGCAACUUGCGAAGGAAUUAGAGACUUGGAAAGCCCCUCCCGAAGAAGGAAAGCUGUUACAGUACGUAGAUGACAUCCUGAUAGCCACACGGACAAAGGAAGCAUGCGUGGCCUGGACGGUAAGCCUCUUGAACUUUCUGGGGCUCCAAGGGUACCGGGUAUCCAGGAAAAAGGCCCAAGUAGUCACACAAAAAGUAAUUUAUCUGGGUUACGAAGUCAGUGCUGGACAACGUAGCCUGGGCCAAGGCCGGAAGGAGGCAAUAUGUCAAACCCCAAAACCUCAAACUGUAAAGGAGUUACGAACUUUCCUGGGGAUGUCAGGGUGGUGCAGAUUAUGGAUCUAUAAUUAUGGACUGCUUGUAAAGCCUUUAUAUGAACUAAUUGCAACUGAAAGCAGGGACAUCCAGUGGACAAAGGAAACUACACAGGCUUUCAACCAACUGAAAAAAGCCCUCAUGUCAGCUCCAGCUCUGGGACUGCCAGAUGUGAGUAAGCCUUUCCUUUUGUUCUCCCAUGAAAAGCAAGGAAUUGCCUUGGGAAUAUUAGCACAGGACCUCGGUCCAUACCGGAGAGCAGUUGCUUAUUUCUCUAAACAGUUAGAUACAGCCGCUAAAGGGUGGCCUGGGUGCCUCAGGGCUGUAGCAGCAGUUGUAAUGAACAUCCAAGAAGCACGUAAAUUCACCCUGGGCCAGAGAAUGACUGUGCUAGUGUCUCACACGGUGUCUGCAGUACUGGAGGUGAAAGGCGGACACUGGCUUUCCCCACAACGAUUCCUGAGGUACCAAGCUAUUAUGGUAGAACAAGAUGAUGUAGAGAUAGUGGUGACUAACAUUGUCAACCCAGCUUCCUUCCUCAGUGGAAACCGAGGAGAACCAGUGGAGCAUGACUGCCUAGAGACCAUUGAGGCCACCUACUCCAGCCGCUCUGACCUGAAAGAAACCCCUCUCGAGAAUGCAGAAGCCUGGUUUACGGACGGAAGCAGUUAUGUCGUCAAUGGAAAACGGCACGCCGGGUACGCAGUAACCACCUGCAAAGAGGUAAUAGAAUCUGGACCCCUGCCAACAAAUACCUCUGCACAAAAGGCCGAAAUAUUCGCCCUAACUCGGGCCUUAGAAUUGGCAAAAGGGAAAGAGAUAAAUAUAUAUACAGACUCAAAGUAUGCUUUCGGAAUAGUGCACGCUCAUGGAGCCAUCUGGAAAGAGAGGGGACUGCUGAACUCUCAAGGAAAAAACAUUAAACAUGCAUCUGAAAUACUGCGACUUCUGGAAGCAGUGCAAUUGCCAGAGAAAGUAGCGAUCAUGCACAUUAAGGCACACCAGAGGAUAAACUCAGAACUGGAAGAAGGAAACGAGCUGGCGGAUAGGAAAGCAAAAGAAGCAGCAAAGAUGGAAGUAAUAACUGAGGUAGCACUGAUCCCAGAUGGGCAGAUUUCCCUCGAAGGUAAGCCGAAAUACAACAAAUUAGACACAAAAUUGAUUCAAGAGCAAAAAGGACAUUAUAACUCAGAGGGAUGGGCUACCAUAGAAGGAAAGUUAGUCAUACCCUUCUAUUUAUUAUGGUCCCUAGUAAGGGAAGAGCACCAGAAAACGCAUUGGGGAAUAGAUGCCUUGUAUAGAUAUCUGAAUGAGAAGAUCAUAGCUAGACAUUUACGAGCCACCAUCACUCAAGUGACUCGACAAUGUGAUCUUUGCCUCCAGACAAACCCCAAGAAUAUUCCCAAACCAAAACUUGGCCAGAUUGGGAAGGGCCAUGGGCCAGGACAACAAUGGCAGAUUGAUUUCACGGAAUUACCAAGAAAAGGGGGGUAUAAGUUUUUACUGGUCCUAACAGAUACCUUUUCAGGAUGGCCAGAAGCCUUCCCCACCAGAACUUCUAAAGCUCGAGAGGUAACUAAGGUAUUGGUACAAGAAAUCAUACCACGAUUUGGGGUCCCGGCUACAAUUUCCUCAGAUAGAGGAUCACAUUUUAUUGCAAAAUUAGUACAACAGGUGAGCCAAUACUUGGGCAUAGACUGGGAACUUCACACCCCAUAUAACCCACAAUCAAGUGGUCAAGUAGAGAAAAUGAAUCAUUUGAUCAAACAACAAAUUGUACGGCUGGGACAGGAGGCUAAUUUGCCAUGGCCCCAAUCCCUCCCACUAGCACUACUGCGGAUUCGAACCAAACCCAGGACCAAAGAAAAACUGAGCCCUUUUGAAUUGCUUUAUGGAAGACCAUAUGGGGUGCAGAAGGGAACGUCUGCCCAGGACGUAUCACUAACCUCCUAUAUGAUCGCUCUAAAUAAACAACUUAGAGCAAUCGAGAAAUAUAUAGCCGGAACUCGGGGUAUGGGACUCGAUGCACCGGUACAUGAUGUACAACCUGGAGACUAUGUAUAUAUUAAGUCUCUUACAGAGAAAGCCCUGGAACCACAGUGGGAGGGACCAUACCAAGUACUCCUUACUACCUUCACUGCAAUCAAGAUUAAAGAACAAAGCGCCUGGAUCCACCACAGUCGGGUUAAGAAAGCUCCAGAAGCCACUUGGAAGAUAACACCGGGUGAUGGUGAACUAAAACUAAAAUUUACUCGAACAAAAUGAGUAUGUCAUGGUGGGUGGGGACUUUUACUGAAAUAUUGUUUACAAUCUUAGCUGCAUUCCAACAAUUAGAAGGUAAACCUAGUCAGAACGACGUUAAAUGGCCUUGGUCCCAAGCCUUUACUCAAUACACUGGAUCCAUGGGGAAAACUUCCGAUUUAGAAGGUUUAAAUCUAACAACUCUGGUCAUACACAGUAAUCAAAUAUAUACCCAACAAGAGUGGCAAAACCAGGGUUUGUGGUCACUCCAAGGGACCAUAGGAGAAGUAAUUGAAGUAGGGUGUCGAAUGAUUAAUGGGACUACCCACAACAAAGUGACUCAAAUCAGUGUAAAUGAUCGCCAAGAGAUUUGCAACCAUCCAAGUGAAUUAGACUGUUGGUGCAAAUUCAAAUUAGAACAAACUAGUAAAGUGGUUUGCCUCUGGGCCCGUGACACUAUUGGGCUGUCCUUUAAAUUUAUAAUAAAUGCUAUAGCCAAACCAGCUGCGACCCAC